ACCGACUCGACGAGCACCACAGUAACCAUGAAAUUGUUGGCAGGCCUUCUGGCGCUGAGCGUGUUGGCAGCAGUGGCCACAGCGACCACGCCCACAUGUCCUGAGGAUGACGGCGCCACGCCCGUCUUCUACCCAGACGACACGGACACACACGGCUUCUGGGAGUGCAGCAACGGCAAGGCUGUCCACUUGGAAUGCCCUGCUGGACUCGUGUGGAACGCCAAUAUCAACGCCUGUGACUGGCCGCCCUCGAGGAAGUAGAUGAAAACUUA